AUUUGGCCGGCCCUUCGCGCGCUAAAACAUCGAUGCUUUCUGACCCAAACGACUUUUGGGUGGCUACGAGCAACACUCGAAUUGCUCCUCUCGACAUCGUUUCGGCCCAGAGUGGCCCACAAGGCCUCCGCGAUGACAUUCGUCGCGCGCUAGACGAUGAAGCGGAAGCUAUGGUACUAGCCCUAUCCUCUAUCCGCUCGCGCCGUAACGCGCUCUCCUUCCCGUGUCGACUACCAUCCGAAGUCCUGGCCCGCUGCUUUUGGUUCCUUGUCGCCGCCGAUCCACCGCGUUCUGUGUCGUACCUCGGAUGGAUACGCGUAUUGCAUGUCUCUGCGCACUUUCGACACGUCGCGCUCGCAGAACCGACGCUGUGGACGGAGAUCUCAUUCGGCCUUGGCCUUGGGUGGGCUGAACGGAUGGUUUCUCUUGCAAAGGCGGCGCCGCUGUCCAUCAGAGAGAACUCAGGUACAUUCAAGCCUUCACGCAACGAAGCGAUCCGGAAACUCGUGCAUGACCAUAUACAUCACAUACGAGAACUCAUCAUCGAGGUGGACACGAAUUCACUGACCGACAUUGUGAACAUCGCGGAGCCGGCACCGAUCCUGGAAACGCUCGACCUCAGGUUUGAAAACGUGUUUUCGGCAAUUACGACGGAGUACAAAGUCAUCCCUACCAACUUUCUCAACGGUAGCGCCCCUCGUCUUCGAAAAAUCACUUUACAAGGCUUUCAACUUCCGUCGACAGCGUUCUCGCUCCUCCUCACGGUUGUCAGUUUGUCCAUCAAGCUCCCCCGCUACUCUGACACCCCAUUCCAAGCGCAACUACCUUCUUGUGACACUUUCUUCUCCAUGCUGGAAGCCGCCACCCGAUUGGAAUCCCUCAAUUUGGAAAACUGCCUUCCGAGUACCACAGGAGACUCGUCUACGUUGACCUCCUUCAGAGCACGAUCAAUCUCGCUACCGCAUCUCGCAAAGCUGCGUGUCAAUGGCCUUACUGCCGACUGCGCAUUCGUCCUUCGACACCUCAAUUUACCGCUCAGCACUCGACUGGAAGUAAUCUCACAGAUCACUCAGCGUGACCGCGAUGAGUCCCCAACGCCAGUCGAUAUCACCUCGAUCCUCUUCCCCGCUCUGAUACCUCACACACGAGGAGAAACAUCACCACGCAUCCGUACUCUGCAUAUAUCCGCAGGGGUGCCAAGCUAUAGGCACAGCGUCGACGUCUUGGCCUGGGAGACCUCUGGAACGCAGACCGAUACGGGGGCUCCAAUCUUUUACCAUAGCCCAGAGUCGGCGACGCUUUCUCUGAAAUUCGAAUAUCCAGUCUAUCGACAUCCGCCUCUGACCCACAUCGUGACCCUCUUCGACCUGAGCGACCUUCGGGCGCUGGACCUGUCCGUGUCCGGUGAAGUUCUCGAAACCGACCAAUGGAUCAACGCGCUCCGACCGUGCACACAAUUGCAGUACCUGAAGGUUACAGGAGAAAGCAGCUCUGUGAUUCGAUUCUGUUGCGCGUUGCUGCCUGCGGAGAGCGUGAAAGCGCCUUCGACCGCGAAGUCGCGUGGCGGCGGGAGGGGCAAGCGAAGAAAACAGAAACGAGGCGGAGCUGCUCUUCGUAACAGCAAGGCUGAGAACUUAGCCGUAGCGGGACCUUCCAACGCCGAAGUCUUCCUUCCGAACCUCAUCUCUCUGGACCUCCACAGAGUAGACUUCGAAAGCUUCACGCCUGGUCACAAUGAACCAUUCUUUGACGUCCUUGUCACCAUCCUGUCGAAACGAAAGGCCAUAGGCAAACCGCUCCAGAGGCUUUCACUAGCUGAGUGCAUUGUCCAGGAAGACUGGGUGACUAAUCUGGAGGAGGUCGUGCCGCGGGUGGAGUGGGACGAAGACACGGGAUCUAUGAACGAAGAGGACGAUGAGGACGAUGAAGAGUUUGAGGAUAGGCUAUACUAUGGGGAGGAGUCUUAUGACUACUAUAGCGACCCUUACGACAAUCCCUUAUACGACUCUGAACUCGAUGAUCUUGCCUUGGGCUGGUGAUCCCUUCCGUUGAUUCUAGCUUGUUCCCCCAGACGAUCGAUAUUGAUACACC